AGAGAGAGAGAAAGAGAGAAAGCUUUCUCCUAUAGCUGGUACCCUGAAUUUGGACUUCUAGCUUCCUAAACUGUUGGAAGAUGAGUUUCUGUUAGUUAAAGCCACCCACUGUGUGGCAUUUCUGUAACAGUAGCACUAGAUAACUAAGACACUGGGGAAGAAUUGACACAGCCAAGACCCUGAUUUGCACUUUUAGCCUCUUGAACUGUGUGAAAAUAAAUUUCUGUUCUUUCUCCCCAUCCGCUUGUGGUGUUUGUGUUACAGCAGCACUAGAUAAUGAAGGCACCCACCAAUGCAGCACUGGGGUGCCAGAAACUGGGGGGUCAAGGAGGGAGAAUAGAAAUUAAGAAGUUCUUCAUAGGAAGACCUCUAUAUGGUAAGUACAGAAUGCCCAAAAUAACCUUUUUCUAGGUGAUUUCUUCCUAUUGUCUUUAAAUUCACAGGACAUGAAUUCUGAACAUUUGGCAUAAACUGAUUGGCAUCACUGUGAAGUAGAAGCCUAAGAUUUUCUCGUGUCCUCAGAUAUUAUUGAAUUCCUCCUUUCAGUCUUUGGCAAAAUUAAGCACUGGGUUCUGGAAAUACAAUUUAAAUUUUGCUUGGGAUAACUGCUUUGGGUCUUGGGAUGGCUUGUUUUCUAAAUUUUGUGGUUGUGGGGCCGGUGCUGCAAUAGUCUCAUUGUUGUCUCAUUAACUCUUUGGACUUCUCAGAAUUGAGGACUUGCCUUGGAUCUAAUAUAAUCUCUGAAGCAUUGGAGGAACUAACCCAUUUCAGCUCAGGCUGCAGCUACUGAAGGAACCAAGCCUCUACCCAGGGACUAAAUAAAAAUUGGGACUGAUGGCUUUGGGACUUUAACUUAAGAAUUUUAGAAUUUGGACUUAAGGAAAAGAUAAUUUGAUUUUGGACAUCAGUAACUUUCAACUUAAAGUCUUUGAAUGGAGCCCUGGUGGCUCAGUGAUAAAGAACUUGGCUGCUAACCAAAAGGUCAGCAGUUCGAAUUCACCAGCUGCUCCUUGGAAACCCUAUGGAGCCGUUCUACCCUGUCCUGAAGGGCUGCUAUGAACCAGAAUUGACUUGAUAGUAACGGAUUUGUUUUUUUUCGGUUUUAAUGUCUUUGAAAUCUGUUUUACGAUGGGAUUUGAACUUUUAAUUUGGGGAUUUGAUAUUGGUAUAGCUUUUUUUGUUGUUGUUCAGAUUUGAGUCACCUCUUUAUUGUUGGCAUUUUGUUACUGGAGUAUCUUAAUACCAUCAUUAACCUCAUUACAGAGCCUGAUAGCCAUCUUGGAUAACAUAGCUUAAUAAAAUUUCAGAUGGAAAAUGGAAUAGGAGUUGAAUUUUCAGCCUUGGGUAUAGAAUGUAUUUAAUAUUAAUGUAUUUUUUAGAAUUAUUUUGGAAUCUUCUUCGGUCAGCAGUGCCAGAGGAUACCCAAAAGGAGCAGUGUGUGUCACUGGGCCUGGAUAGCGGGAUCUCCAGUCCGGAAGGAGGAUGCAGUUUUUGUUUCAAAAGCAGAGGGAGCUCCAAGAUCAAGGCUGAGUUACCCUUUCCCUAAGUCAUGGUCUCCCAGCCCCCCCUCUGUUUAGGUCAGGGAAUUUCAGACAGGCCCACUUGGUAGAGAAUCAUCUGCACAGAACCAGAACAGGGAGGCUGGUGGAGGUGCCUGCAGAGGGAGCGUCCAAGCCCCGCACUGCUGUCCUGGGAGCCGGCAGGGUCACCCAGCAUGCCCACUGGCCCACUUUCUCCCAUCAGCUUCUGAAGGUGACACUGAAGCUCAGUGACCCCUCCCCCACCAAGCAGGUGCCUGUGUUUGUUAGAGAAAUACAGGCAGGCCUACCACCUCUGUAGCUCCAAAGUUCAGAGGUGCAGAGGACCAGGACCAAGAGACAUACUACUCCCCACGGUCAGACAAAUCGCCGGAGAUGUGGUGCAUUGUCCUGUUUUCCCUUUUGGCAUGGGUUUAUGCUGAGCCUACCAUGUAUGGGGAGAUCCUGUCUCCUAACUAUCCUCAGGCAUAUCCCAAUGAGAUAGAGAAAUCUUGGGAUAUAGAAGUUCCUGAAGGGUACGGGAUUCAUCUCUACUUCACCCAUCUGGACAUAGAGCUCUCAGAGAACUGUGCAUAUGACUCAGUGCAGAUAAUGUCAGGAGACCUUCAAGAAGGGAUACUCUGUGGACAGAGGACCAGCAAGAAUCGCAACUCCCCAAUUGUGGAAGAGUUCCAAGUCCCAUACAAUAAACUCCAGGUGAUCUUUAAAUCAGACUUCUCCAAUGAAGAGCGUUUCACUGGAUUUGCUGCAUACUAUGUUGCCGUAGAUAUAAAUGAGUGCACAGAUUUUGCAGAUGCCCCUUGUAGCCACUUCUGCAACAACUUCAUUGGUGGUUACUUCUGCUCUUGCCCUCCGGAAUACUUCCUCCAUGAUGACACGAAAACUUGUGGAGUCAAUUGCAGUGGGGACGUAUUCACUACACUGAUUGGGGAGAUUGCAAGUCCCAAUUAUCCCAGUCCAUACCCAGAGAACUCAAGGUGUGAAUACCAGAUUUUGUUGGAGGAGGGGUUCCAAGUGGUGGUGACUGUGCGGAGAGAAGAUUUUGAUGUGGAGCCAGCGGAUUCAGACGGGAACUGUCCCGACAGUUUGGUUUUUGUUGCAGGAGAUCGGCAGUUUGGUCCUUACUGUGGUAGUGGAUUCCCUGGGCCACUAAAUAUUGAAACGAAGAGUAAUGCUCUUAAUAUCAUCUUCCGAACUGACCAAGAAGGGCAAAAAAAGGGCUGGAAACUUCGUUACCAUGGAGAUCCAAUCCCCUGUCCUAAAGAAUUCAUUGCCAAUUCUGCCUGGGAGCCUGAGAAGGCAAAAUAUGUGUUUAAAGAUAUAGUGAAGAUAACCUGUCUGGAUGGGUUUGAAGUUGUGGAGGGAAAUAUUGGCUCAACCUCUUUCUAUUCUACCUGUCAAAGCAAUGGAAAGUGGAGUAAUUCGAAACUGAAAUGUCAACCUGUGGACUGUGGUACUCCUGAACCCAUUCGGAAUGGUAAAGCCAAAAAUCCAGGAGGUACUUUAUUUGGUUCCGUCACUCACUAUAUUUGUGACGAGCCAUAUUACCACAUGGAAAAUGAAGGAAGUGGGGAGUAUCACUGCAGUGGUAAUGGAAGCUGGGUGAAUGCGGUGCUGGGCACAGAGCUGCCAAAAUGUGUUCCAGUCUGCGGAGUCCCCAGUCAGACCUUUGCGGGAACACAGAGAAUAUUUGGAGGAUCCGAAGCAAAGAUUGAAAAUUUCCCCUGGCAAGUUUUCUUCUCGAACCCACGGGCUGGUGGGGCUCUCAUUGACGAGCACUGGGUGCUGACAGCUGCCCAUGUCGUGGAGGGAAACCAGGCCCCCAUAAUGUAUGUUGGCUCCACAUCAGUGCGCACCACAGUUCUAGAAAAUGCCCAGAUGCUCACUGCUGAGCGUGUGAUUAUUCAUCCUGGCUGGGAAUUCCUGGAUGACCCAGAAAAGCGAAAGAAUUUUGACAAUGACAUUGCCUUAGUGCUGCUGAAAGACCCAGUGAAAAUGGGACCCACUGUCUCUCCCAUCUGUCUGCCAGGCACUACCCCAGAAUAUAGCCCCUCAGUGGGAGACCUGGGACUGAUCUCAGGCUGGGGCCGAACAGAGGUAAAAAAUCAUGUUAUCCGACUCCGAGGGGCAAGGUUACCCAUAACUUCCUUAGCAAAGUGCCAGGAGGUGAAGCGGAAAGAUUCCAAAGUGGAUAUAGGGAAGUACAUUUUCACUGAUAACAUGAUCUGUGCUGGAGGUGAGAAGGGGGUUGAUAGCUGUGAAGGGGACAGUGGUGGGGCCUUUGCUAUGCAAGACCCCAAUAAAGAGAACCCCAAAUUCUAUGUAGCUGGCCUGGUAUCCUGGGGCCCCCAGUGUGGGACUUACGGGAUCUACACAAAGGUGAAGAACUACGUUGAUUGGAUAAUGAAGACUAUGCAGGAAAAUAGCGUCCCCAGUAUGGACUAAGCCAUAUAUGUACCACCAGCCUCUCCAAGGGGCAUUAGCAAUCUCCUGGAUCGGUAGGACCAAUCCAUUGCUUUCAGUUCCUCACAAUAGUCUUACUAUUUCACCGUGACUGAGAGAAGACACGGGAGUAUGAUUUAGCUAGAACUUAGUUUUCAGGAUACCUGGCUGGGAGUAGCAGUUGAUCAUGGCAUUGGCUUGGUCAUUCAGUUGUGGUCUGAAUCUGUGGAGUCCUCCCCCCAAAUACCUGCUACAAAUAACAACAUGGGGAGGGCAGUCCCAUCUUGCACUAUUCAACAGGGUGUUCCCUUUCCUGAUGUUAUAGUUCUGACUCUGAAAUUUAUUGUUGGGGAAUCCUUGGUUUCUUGUUUCUCUUUCACCUCUUUGCCAUUCUGUUUAUCAUUUUUAGUUACAAUAAAGCAUGUUUAUA